AUCAAUGUGUUAUUGUGUGUUAUUGUUUCCAUUGUACGAAACAACCACCGUAUAUUGCGACCGUGCUCAGCCAAUUGACCUCCAUCACGUGGAACAUUUCGUGUUUAUUCACACGUGAUAAUGAUUUCCGCACUCUCAAUGGCACUAUUUUCUUCUCUUCCGCUUUUAUUUCGUCUAUUUCUAGCUUUCUCUUGUACUCCCCACCAUCAACUCCUUUAGCUGUCGAGCAACAAAACUAUGCCGACCCUGUCAAGGACGGUGUUUAUCGUCCGACAUGGAGAGAGGCAAGAUCACGUCGACAAAAACUGGCAAGCUGACCCUUCCGAUGGUAUAUGGGAUCCACCUUUAUCUGAAAAGGGACAACUACAAUCGCAGAAGACUGGGGCCUAUUUAAUUGACUUGCUACGAGAGAAAGAUGUUAAACUCGAAAACUCGACUAUAGUAUUCUUAUGUUCACCAUUUCAACGAUGCAUCGAUACCGCUGUGGGCAUUGCCCGUGGUUUACAACACGCCAAACAAACCUUUUUACGUUUGGAACCAGCCGCUGGCGAAUGGAUGACCGAACGAUUUUUUGAAGACGUGGAAUGUACUGCGCAGCAGAUGGUGAAGCGCAAAAUACAAGACAUAGCACGCAACCAUGUCGAGAUAUCAAAGGUACUGUCAAUGGACUGGCAGUACUCUCCUAUACGAGACGAAUUUGUCUUUCCAGAAAAACGAGUCGAGAUGGAAGAGCGUUUCAAUGAUUUACGACGAUCAAUGGACACAAUGAUCGCUUGCGAUGUGAAAGCUAAUCGCAUUGGCAUGCUCAAGCAAGAUAUGACGAGGAGAGAUAUUGUCGUUGUCCUUAUCACCCACGCUGCGGGCAUCAAUGCCUUGCUGGAAUCCUACAAACAGGAAUCUACCCUAUUGGAGACUCCAUAUUGCUGCGUUAGUCGUGUCCGGUAUAAGCCGUCGAUGGCUGAAGAUAGUGACAGUGGAGAAGAAGAUACUACUACCAAUGGACAAUGGAUUGUCGACAUGGAGGUGUCCUCCAAGCAUCUGAAAGGAACGUCUUUGGCUUAGCUACAUUUUGUGUUCCCAUUUUUUUCGUACUGCAUCUCAUAGCCAGUGGCUGCCCAAUUUUUUUUCAUGAUUUUUUGUUUCAUCGGACCGAGAGGCCGGUAUUGCGAACAGUCGGAUGAUAUGUAUAUUCUGCUACUGCCGGUCUUACAGCAGACAAAGUAAACGGACUACAUCCAUGUAUU